UGCUACAGAUGAUUUAACAACAACCAGAAGUUGAAUCUAUUGUGCAGACAGGUGCCUGAAACAUAAUGGCCCAAGAAGAAUGGACUCCGUUAGCCAAAAAGUACUGUCCUCUUAUGGCGGGGAGUAUUGAUAAGACAGAUACAGAACCACAUGAUCAUGGGAUCAUCAGAGCCCUAUCCUCAUCCUACAAACCAAACAAAGAUGUUGCAGGUGACCCUCACUGUACAGUGUUUGUGUCCCGCUUAAACCCCAAAACUGACGAAGAGACGCUUGAAUCUGAACUCUCCUAUUUUGGAGGUAUUAAUAAGAUCAGAUUAGUGAGGGACGUUGUCACUGGACAUUCUAGAUGUUACGCUUUUGUGGAAUUCAAGGAGGAGCGAUCGGCAGUUAGAGCUGAGAGGGAUGGACAUAUGAUGGAAAUCGAUGGACAUGAAAUUCUUGUUGACUUUGAACUGGAGCGCACUCUGCCAGGGUGGAUUCCAAGAAGGAUGGGGGGAGUUGAAUUAUGUCCAGAUGGCCAGUCAUUUGUAAAUUGUUUCGUAGCACCUUGUGACGUUUCCACUUGUCCAGCUUUUCCAACGGCGAUCUGCAAGGAUGACUAUUGUGGAGGAUGUAACGCCGUCUGGAGUCUUAAUGAUACUGAUGUUACAAGCGACUGUCAAAAAAAGUCUGCAGAAGUACGAUUGAUACAUGGAAACAACAUCAAUCAUGGAAUGGUAGAAGUCUGGCAAGAGAACCAAUGGAAACUCCUGUGUGCUUGGCCCCAGUUCUUUGCCAGAGAUGCCCUGGUCAUAUGCAAACAGUUGGGAUUCAGCCAAGGAACAGUUUUACCAAUGGCAGCUUACGGACGACAAAUGGGAAACUACUCCCAUCCAUUCAAGGGCUGCUCCAAUGGAGAGAAUAGAAUACAGGAUUGUCAGUUCGACAAAAAUUACACUCCAAAUGUCUGUGCCACACAGGAUGUUCAUUAUGGCUCCGUCAGCUGCUAUGAUAAACUAAAAGAAGGUGGUAUUCAACUAUCACCCUUACACAAAGACAGCAAGGACUCACAGCUAAACAGCGGUAAAGUUGAAAUAUUCCAGCAACAAGUUUUUGGUCAAGUUUGCUCUACCUACUUUGCUGAAGAAGAGGCAAAUGUCACGUGUAGGCAGUUGGGAUUUUUGGGAGGAGUGCCGAUGACCCAUGAAGCAGAGGAUACGCUCCCUUUCUUGCUCACAGGCUUGCAUUGCCAUGGCAACGAAAGUAAAUUAUCGGAGUGUUAUCAAGAGUUGCAGAUUUGUUACACAGACCAAAGAGCAGGUGUAUUGUGUUAUAACUCGUCAGGGGUUGGGUUUUCUCUUGCUGAAAGCAAAACUAGUUCUGGUGGAAUUGCAGUUAUUUCUGUUGAUGGCAGUGGCCAAGGUUGGUUAUUAACUGGAAUUUCAUAUUCAGGCAAAUCCUCGGAAUUAGCGAGAGAUGUCUACUUGUCCAGCGUGAGUUGUUUAGGAGUGGAAAAUUCUGUGAUUGCAUGCAAAGGAUCUGGAUGGAGGAAUGUAAAUCGAACUUACUGUAACCAUGACAACGACGCAGGGGUGUACUGCUACAAAAGUGUGCGAUUGUCCUAUGGAUACCAAAGGGAUAAUGCAACACUCGGCAUCGUUGAAGUCUUCCAGAAGUAUUACUGGACUACUUUAUGCGCGGACAGAUUCGACCAAAAAGACGCUGAUGUCGUCUGCAGACAACUGGGUUACUCAAGAGCAAGGGUCCUACUUCCAGGUCUGUUUGGAAGAUCAGGGAGAUAUGUUUACACGAUAUCCAUAAAUUGCACGGGAAAUGAAACUGACAUCUUGCAGUGUGAGCAUGACACAGGAUAUUGUUCUUCAGAUAACUACGCAUCUCUUCUUUGUACACACGAAGACACCAAUCCACAGCUCAGUGUUAACAUUGAGCACUCCGACAACGGUCGAGUGAUGGUAAGUCAGUUUGACGUCAAAGGAACGGUUUGUCGUAAUGGUUGGGAAAACAUGGCGGCAAUGGUCCUCUGUCGGGAGCACGGCUUCAAAGGAGGAGUUGUUUACAGUUCCUCUGAUGAACUCGCGCGCUAUCAACCCAUUUGGAUUGGAAGUGUCAAGUGUUCAGGUCAAGAAAAGCGUAUAGUUGAUUGUGUGUUUAAUUACUCCGUGUCUCCAGAGUGUGGAUACGAUAGGUCAUCCGCAGGCGUGCUUUGUUAUAACAGUACAGGUAUGAAAAUUCGUCUAGCUGGAGGUUAUAAUGCAAACCAAGGCAGAGUGGAAAUAUCACGUGACUCAGUUUGGGGAACGAUCUGUCACAAUAGAUGGUCAACAAGUGACGCCGAUGUCGUGUGUCGACAGCUUCAUUAUGCAAGUGGAACCUCGUAUCGCGACUCUUAUCAUGGCGCAGGGACCGGGCCCGUCCUGAUGGACAGAGUCAGCUGUUUCGGCUCCGAAAACUCUAUUUUUGAGUGUGCGAAUCUGGGGUGGAAUCAGUCAGCUGACGCCUGCAAAGACCAUUCUCAGGACGCCGGAGUGUACUGUAUGCCAUGGGUGAAAUUAUCCCAACACAAUUACGGAACAGUAUUGGCAUGGAAGAAAAACAAUUAUGGACCAGUUUGCGCCGAUGGAUUUGAUGAGAAUGCAGCACGUGUCGUCUGCAAUGAAUUACAAUACAGCUAUUCGAUCAAGUUCUGCUGUUCAGGCUUAGGACCAGAACCCAAGGAUCUGGAUCUUGCAAUGUCAGAUGUUCACUGUGAUGGGACGGAGAGCGGUUUAAGGCAAUGCAAGAACGAGUAUAUCAAUCCUAGCUGCAGUGAUAAGAACUAUGCCGCAGUUUACUGCACGAAUACUAAUCCAGCACAAAGUACCUUAAGUGUUCACGUGGGGCAAUCAAACAUCGUUGAAGUGACUUACGUAUAUCAACCUGGUCUGCUCAGUGCUGCCGAUUUUACCGACAAAGACGCCUCAGUCAUUUGUCGAGAAAACGGUUUUCUGUCUGGGAAAGCUCUUCGGCAUCUUCGACCAAAGCAUAAAGACCUUUUCUGGCUGAGGAAUGUCUCAUGUCUUGGAAAUGAGAAUAAGUUCAAUGAAUGUCCAAAUGCUGGAAAGAUCGGAGACCUUGGUCGUUUUGAUGAUAGCAUCGCUGCAGCCGUUGCUUGUUCAAAUGCAAAUGAACCACCAAAAACUCAAUUGAGACUCUCAUAUGGGAGUAAACUAAGCGAAGGCCAUGUUCAACUUAACUUGAACGGAGUUUGGGGGUCAUUGUGUGCGGGUAACUUGACGGACGCUGAGGCCAAGGUCAUAUGUAAAUUAAGCGGAUAUAGAGAUGGUGUGGCCCUGCCAGGUGGCUCUUUCGGACAAAAUUACCCUAGGGGUACCCCUUUGAUGGAUUACUUAAACUGUACUGGAGAUGAAAAGCGCCUUAUAGAUUGUGUGGUGUCUUUAUCGUCCAGUCAGUCGCUGUGUCCCCUUCAGACGAUGUCAGCGGUGAAAUGUUACGAAACGGUUCGUCUGACGGGAAGCAGUCGUGUGGAUUAUGGACGUCUUGAACUUUGGAAUGAUGAUGGCUGGUACUCCGUCUGCGAUGAGAAUUUCGAUGAUCAAGAUGCUACUGUCGUCUGCAAAGCCUUGGGUUUUACUCUUGGAAAAGCCCAAUGUUGUUCAGCAGUGGGAAAUAAUGGAACUGUAAACCCCAUACUGUUCUCCAAUUUCUCCUGUACUGGUAACGAGUUCAAUCCCUUUUCUUGUACAUACGAGAAAACUGGCCGGUGUAGAAGUGGGAAGUACGCAUCGGUGCUUUGUUUGCAAACUUCAACAGAAGAAGAUCUGACAAUUCACUUAGAAAGCUUUUAUGGACCAGUUGUGAUUUCAAGAUAUGGCCUCUCGGGAUACGUCUGCAAUAAACUCUUUGACAACUUUGAUGCCACCAUGAUCUGCAAGACAAAAGGAUACCAGACGGGGUACGCAGUGAACGUUUACAAGGACUUCACAUUUCCGAUUGUAAUGGGAAACUUAACAUGUAAUGGCGCCAAUGAAAUCAACAGAUGCACCUUCUCCAAGUUCAGUGAUGAUCAUGGAUGUUCUGAUAGCGAUACAGUUGCAGGCGUGAUUUGUUCUAACACGGAUAAGCUAUUGUUUAAGCUUGAUAGUCAAAUCAAGACGAAGGGUAUCCCAAAAUUAGAAGUUGGAAGCAAUACUCUCUACCUAGAUGAUACUUACUUUGACGAAGCAGCAGUCAAUCUGUUUUGUCUAAAUGCAGGCUUUGCAGGCGGAUCCAGACUUUCUCAGUCCAUAAGUUUGCCGUCAGUUCACAAUAUUGUCACAGAUAUCAGGUGUUCUCCCAAUGCUCCUAGAAUUACACACUGUAAAGGAAACUGGGAUCCAAGGAAAUCCAAGUCUAUACCAAUAUUUGAAAUUUCCUGUUUUCACCAAGCCCGAUUGGAAAACGGUGGUACUUUCUAUGGUGCUGUUGAAUUAUAUAGCAGUAAUUCCUGGGGGACGGUAUGUCCAGAAUCCUUUGGACAGCCUGAAGCAGAUGUUGUCUGUACCACACUUGGAUAUAAACGAAGUUUGCCCAUAUGCUGUUCUCCAUUUGGACCAAUACCAAGCAAACAGUUAUUUACGGAGUUUCAAUGCAGUGGAUCAGAAAAGAACAUUUUGGAAUGUUCGCACACUUUUCAGCGAUCCGGAGUUCAGUGUCGCCGAAACGAAUUGCAGUAUGCUUCUGUUUUGUGUUACAAUGGAAUACUGACUCAAGAUUACAGUAUAAAGAUUAAUGGCGGGAAAUAUUUUGGUGACGUCAAAGUGAGCUACAUGGGUGUAGACGGCCGGAUUUGUCGAGACGGUUGGGAUGAUAAUGACGCCCGAGUUGUAUGUCGACAAAACAAUUAUAUCCGGGGACUAGCUUACAGCCAUUAUGUGGAGGAGGGAAAACAACUCAUUUGGAUUUCUAACGUUCAAUGUCAAGGUCACGAGGGCUCCCUACAGGAGUGUCCUCAUUCCCCAGUGGGAUCUGUAACGGAGUGUAAAUCUCUCCACUACGCUGGAGUUUUCUGCUUCAAUGACCAAGGUAUAUAUUACCGUAUAUCCGGUGGAGACCCCUCGGGUAGAUCAGGAAGGGCAGAGAUAUUUUUCGACGACAAUUGGGGUACUAUGUGUAGCACAAACUGGGGUGAAGAGGAAGCAACUGCCCUUUGUAGACAAAUGGGAUUUCAUGGCGGUGAUCCCAUUGAAGGUCCCUACAAGGUGCCCGGAAAGGGCGUGGUCUAUAAAUCCUCGUAUCAGUGCACUGAUGAAAGCACGAGUCUGACCGACUGCCCUCACAGUGGAUGGCAGGAAGUCGUCGAUGGAGAAUGCGUGGAUCACAGGAAUGAUGCGGGGGUGUUCUGUUAUCAAAAUGUGCGGAUAUAUAACAGCAUAGGUAGAAGCAAAUCAUCUGGACCAGUGUUGCUAUUCCGACAAAAUCAGUGGUACCUGCUGUGCGAUGAUGGUUUCACGGACCAAGGAGCCACUCUGGUGUGCCAGGAACUGGGUUUCCCCUAUGGCUAUGCUUCUUGCUGCUCCACCGACGGACCACUAAGUUAUCCAAUCUGGAUGAACCACACUCUGGAUUGUGCCUCGGGAACACAUGUGGAAGAAUGUCUUCAAAGGAAGACUUGUGCUAGAAAGAGUUAUGCCUCUGUAACUUGCACUCAUCUACCAAGGCCAAAACCCGACACCUCACCAAAGCCAGACGCUCCUUUACCUUCAAAGGCAGACGACAACAAAACAGUUGUGGCCGUAAUCUCCGCAAUUGCUGGAUUUUUGUUGUUUGUAGUAAUUGUCAUAAUUGUGAUAAAGUGCCGUCAAUCAAAGAAAAAAGACACAGGUAGUGACGUGCAUGGCUCGUUUAGGGAAGGUGUGUUGAACAAGUCACAUGACGGAUCUAUCCACGCCCAGAAUCCACUCCACGACCUUUAUGACUCUGCUGACGUCAGAAUACAAAAUGACAGCGUUCAGUAUCACAAUCAUGGUGAAGACAGGAACCCAGCACUAGCUUUCUCUAACAUCAACUACAAUACAAUUCAUUUUUCACCAGAGCAGACAGAUAGUGACUUUGACACAAGUGAUGACCACAUCGUUGAACAUAAAGACACCAAGCCUCUCGGUAUUAAAUCUGAAAUUGAGGACUCAUCAUAUGCAGUAAUGAGACCGAAUUUUUCGGCAUCUGAUUUACAUGUGUAUGAUAACCAACAGAACAAAACCUACCAUAAUUGUGUGACAAUAGAAAAUGCCCCAGAGGAUCGCCCGACUCCCCACUUUACCCGAUCCCUAUCAGAAUGUAGAGAAAUAGCUCCUCCAGAAUGAUAGUUUGUGUUACCGUUUUUAAAAGUCCUAUGUUUGUCAAUUAGUCUUCCAUAUUGAAUCAGGAUUAUUAAUACGGGCUUUAAAUCAUAUGGGUGUAGAUUAUGUAUCCUUCUACCUCAUUUCAUACAGGGUAUUCCAAAACACUUUCAUUUUCAAAUUAUGGUUACAUAACCAUUUUAUGACUUCUGUUCAUUCCAAAGUAUAUACAGGAAUGUUGUACCUUUGCUUCAAAUGUUAUAUUUACUGAUUGUUUAAAUUGAAA